UCUGCAUCCCUUUGUAUCUCUGCUGCUUGGCUGGGUGCAGGAAUGAACGCGGCGGUGGUGCACAAAGGAUUCCUCAGGAAAUAUGGUGGCUUCAUGUUCAAACAAUGGAAGAAAAAGUACCUGGUGUUGACGGUGGAAGGGAAUCUGAUGGUGUGCCGAGAUGCAGACUCACCACCGGAUCAGGUGGUGGCGCUGCAGAGUAACUGUGAGUCCAUAGUGGAGGGUAAAGAAAUCUUGGAUUUGCCCCGUUUGCCCUCUGGAGGCCGCAGAGACAGCUGCUUUGCCCUUAUCCUGCCCCAGGACAAGUUCCUCCUUCUGCUCUCAGAUAGUCCAGACGAGUGCACUCAAUGGCUGAAGUUACUCAGGAAGGUGAAAGAGGGUGUGACUUCACCACUCGCCCUAAAGAGACAGCAGAGCAUCACACCCUGCAUCACGGACAGAGAGCCGCUUCCAGAUGUCUCCAGUGACAAAGACCCCUCGUCCCCGCACCUCAGCGACAAGGGCCUGAGCACUCCGCUGGUCCGCUCCAGAGAAAACUCCUUCAGACACAGAGGCAGCAUAAACCAGCGGCCUCCCCGCAGCCCCACCGCGGCUGUGCCCCUUCGCUCUGCAGACUGUCUGCGGCACGGAAACAGCAGCGAUGCCCGGGCCGUGAGAGCGGUCUGUCUGCUGAUGGGUGGAGCAGCCGCAUCCUCGGCACUGGGAUACCUCAACUCCUGUCCAUCCGCCUCCUCCAACAUGGCCGUCCACGCUCCUGAAGUGACCCACUCCACAGCGUUAUCGGAGAUGGGGGGAGGCAGCUCUUACCAUGCCUGCAGCCAAGCCAUAGAGUCACCACAUUUGAAUAGCUUCGACUUUGAGGGAGAUUCAGAUUUUGAUGCUUUUGACUGUGGAGGGUUUGCUUUUUAAUGGAAUAUGUUUACCUUAUUCGCAGGGUUCCCACAGUCGUGGAAGUGUUAGGGAAUUUGACAAUUGUUAUUUUCAGGUCCAAGAAAGGCAUGGGAAUGAAUAAACUCUUUAAAAAGUCAUGCAAAUUCCUGUAGUGGAUAUGUCUACAGCAGUGGUUCUCAAACCUGUCCUGGAGUAGCCCCAGCCCUGCACAUUUUGU